AUGGCACUUGAUGGUAAACGUGAUCUCGCUGGAAAGCAUUUCGCCUUCUUUGGAGGAACAGCUGGUAUCGGACAGGCUGCCGCAGAAGUAUUGGCUGGACGGGGCGCAAACAUUGCCGUUGUUGGUCGCAGUAAGGAAGCAGGUGAUGCUACGGUUCAAACCCUUCAGAGCAAGGGCGCAGCUUCAGCUAUCUUUAUUCAGGGCGAUCUGGCCACUGCGAAGGGAGCAAGCGACACCGCCGCCAAAGUCCAGCAAUGGAGUGGCAUACUGGACGGUAUAGUGCACUCUGCUAUGAGUGCUUUCAGUGGAAAGGAAAUCACAUCUGAUGGACUGGAAUUCGCAUUUGCGUUACAGUACGAGGCACGAGUUAUAAUCGACGCGCUACUUUUAGAUAAUCUCGCGGCGUCCAGAGAUGGAAGAAUCGUGCAUAUUGCAGGAGCUGUUCCUGCUUCUAUGAUGCCGGAUCUUGAUGACUUACAAUUCGAGAAAUCAAAGUUUAGCUUCUGGAAAGCUAUUCUUGGAACGCACAACUUAGGCUUUAUGUUUAUUCAAGAGGCUCGUCAGAAGUGGGGGAACCGACCCAUCUCCAUUACUGCUGUUUGUGUUGGGUCCACCAAAACAAAAGCUAUGGCGGAUCCAAAAAUGCCAUUUUUGAUGAGAGUAAUGGGUUACUUCGGCACAACGCCUGACAUUUCAGCAAGGAAUGUUGUGAACAUCAUGACUGCAACUACAAUUCCACAAGCUGAUAGGUUUGGUAUCAUGUGGGAUCCGAAAAAGACAAAGAUCACUGAGCCGGCAUUCCCAAAGGACAAAGCGGAGAAGCUAUGGAAAACGACCAAGAACAUUGCUGAACAACGAGGAGUGACGCUUACAGCUUUUUGA